AUGAUGCAGGUUGUGCUACUUUCAAGAUUUGGUCAACUUUACCUGAGGCCGGCCAAGAAUAUUCGGAGGUCUACUACAAGUCUUGGAUAUACCCUUCCUAAAUGUCUUGAUACUCGAGCGUUUCAUCCGUGCCAUUCCGUUCACCGGCAAUGGAGGUGUUACGCCACAAAGCGAGCAGAAGAAUUGGCAGAAAACUCCAGCCUAAAACCAGAGACUGUGCAGAAGCCCAGUGAUGCAAAGCCUCUUGACAUCGAGUCAAAACCAAAAGCGCCCAAACCUGCCCCAAAAACAGAUGCACUGCUCUCUGAGCAGACAGUUUCUAACAAAGAACAGCGAAAGGCUGACUGGGCGAUCAUCAAGGAAAUGUCACAAUACCUUUGGCCGAAGAACGAUAUUGGAGCCAGACUGAGGGUGACCACAGCCGUUGGAUUGCUUGUGGGCUCGAAAGUGCUGAACGUGCAGGUGCCAUUUUAUUUCAAGAACAUCGUCGAUUCAAUGAAUAUCGACUUCACAACACUCGGCGGCACAGCUUGGACUGUCGGGGGUUCUAUGAUUGUUGCUUAUGGCCUCACUCGAAUCGGGGCCGCCGUAUUUCAAGAGAUUCGGAAUGCGAUAUUCGCAAGCGUAGCCCAGAAAGCUAUUCGUCGAGUGGCGUGCAAUGUGUUUGAACACCUCUUGCGACUCGACUUGAGUUUUCAUCUGCAACGGCAGACUGGUGGUCUCACUAGGGCAAUUGAUAGGGGCACAAAGGGUAUAAGCUUCUUACUGACAUCGAUGGUUUUUCAUAUCCUGCCCACUGCAUUAGAGAUAUCUAUGGUUUGUGGUAUCCUGGCCUACCAGUAUGGUCCGAAGUUUGCGGCAAUCACUGCAGUAACAAUGGUAGCUUAUACUGGUUUUACUGUCAUCACGACUUCGUGGCGGACCAAAUUUCGAAAGCAGGCAAAUGCUGCUGAUAAUCAAGGAGCGACCGUAGCAGUAGAUUCACUGCUCAAUUUUGAGGCUGUAAAGUAUUUCAAUAACGAGAAAUACGAGGUUGGAAGAUAUGACAAUGCGCUACAGAAAUACGAAAAGGCCUCUAUAAAGGUGACGACCUCGUUGGCCUUCCUGAACUCAGGGCAGAGCCUUAUCUUCUCCGGCGCGCUUGCUACUAUGAUGUACUAUGCGGCACAAGGCGUCGUAGCAGGUACAUUGACAGUUGGUGAUCUUGUCAUGGUGAAUCAACUGGUGUUUCAAUUAUCUGUUCCUCUCAACUUCCUUGGCUCAGUAUACCGAGAGCUUAGACAGUCGCUCCUGGACAUGGAAACGCUUUUCAAUCUGCAGAAAGUGAAUGUUGCAGUCAAGGAAGGAGAGAGGCCUAAGGCUCUGCAAUUGACCCAAGGCGGCGAGAUAAAGUUUGAGAAUGUUGACUUUGCCUAUCGUAAAGACAGGCCUAUACUGCGAAAUCUGAGCCUCACGAUUCCGGCAGGCAAGAAGGUUGCUGUUGUCGGACCAAGUGGAUGUGGAAAAUCGACUAUUCUUCGCUUACUGUUUCGAUUCUACGAUAUAGACGGUGGCCGAAUUUUAGUAGAUGGCCAGAACAUCAAGGACUUGAGUCUGCAGAGCCUGCGCGAAGUCAUUGGCGUAGUACCCCAGGACACACCUCUCUUCAACUCAAGUAUCGAGCAUAAUAUUCGAUAUGGUAACUUGGAGUCGUCUCUUGAGAAAGUUCGCGAGGCGGCCAGAAGAGCUCAGGUGGAUGAAAUGAUUGUCAACCUACCGGAUGGCUAUCAAACUAUGGUCGGAGAACGUGGCAUGAUGAUCAGCGGGGGUGAAAAGCAACGCCUUGCCAUCGCACGACUUAUCCUCAAAGACCCGCCGAUUUUGUUCUGUGAUGAAGCAACAUCCGCAUUGGACACCUACACAGAGCAUGCUUUACUGCAGAACAUCAACAGCUUACUAAAGGACAAGGCCAGGACCAGCGUCUUUGUUGCUCACAGGCUACGAACGAUAUUUGACAGCGAUAAGAUUAUCGUGCUCAAAGACGGACAUGUUGCCGAAGAGGGCACCCAUGCCGACUUGUUGAAUGCACGAGGCGUGUACUGGGAGCUCUGGGUCACCCAAGAGAGUUCCGUAGGCGAGCAGGUUGACCAUGACCGUACAAUGCCAGGUAGGACGAUUCAAGAGAACGAAACCGCAAUCGGGGGCAAAUAA